AUGAAUAGAUUUAAGUUGGACCUCUGGGGAACCAAAGUGGACCUCAAGCUUCUAGGCGACAUUUUCUUCCUCACGGGCGCCGGGCUCUCGAUGUAUUACAUGGUGCGCCAUCUUUUGAACGAAGGUGCCGACAGUUCUGUGCGGACAAAGGAAAGCAAGAAAAACAGUAGCAGUGUGUUGAAACGGAUCCAGUCACAUGACCCAAGGUUGAAGACUGUGCUGUUGAACGAGUACGAGAAGCUGCUUCUCAACUGCCUUGUUCUCCCCGAGGAUUUGUCUGUGUCGUUCAACGACAUUGGCGGCAUGCAAAAUAUCAUCGAUGACCUCCACGAAGCAGUCAUCUUGCCACUCACCGAACCGGAGCUUUUCUCUGCACAUCUGACGCUUAUCCAGUCGCCUAAAGGCGUGCUAUUCUAUGGCCCCCCAGGGUGCGGCAAGACCAUGAUGGCAAAGGCGAUCGCCAAGGAAAGCGGGGCAUUUUUCUUGCUGAUCCGUAUGCUGACCAUCAUGGACAAGUGGUACGGCGAGUCCAACAAAAUCGUCGAUGCUAUUUUCUCGUUGGCCAACAAGUUGCAACCUUGCAUCAUCUUCAUCGACGAGAUCGACUCCUUUUUGCGCGACCGGUCCUCCUCUGACCACGAGGUCAGCUCGAUGUUGAAAGCCGAGUUCAUGACACUAUGGGAUGGGCUUGUUUCUAACGGCAGAAUCAUGGUGAUGGGCGCCACCAAUCGCCAGGGAGAUAUCGAUCUGGCGUUCAUGAGAAGAUUGCCGAAACGGUUCGCCAUCGGGAAGCCCGAUGCGGGUCAAAGAAAACUCAUUCUUGAAAAAAUCUUGAGUGACGCAAAACUCGAUGCUGAUGAUUUUGACUUGAACACCGUGGUGGUCAAUACCGAGGGGUUCAGUGGCUCGGAGUUGAGAGAAUUAUGCAGAGAAGCCGCGUUGAAGUCGAUGAAGGAAUACAUCAGGAAUAACUACAAAAACGGCAAAAAACUCAGUGAGGAUUCCUGUGAGGGCACAGUUCGCCCUCUCAAGACGAGAGACUUUUUGAAUGACUCAGCUUUCAUUUCCACGCCAUUGGUGGACUAG